AGCCACCACUCCAAUUGCCAGCUACUGCACAGUUAAGGGCAAUGAGCAUAUUAAGAAACUUAAAUUGAGUAAAAUGUAUUACUCACUCCAGUCGCAGUUGGAAAACUGAAUUAGAGCAUGCGCAGUAGAGUACCUCCUCAGAGUCGACACACCCCUUUGCCUUCCCCUUUCUAGCAACUUCCCUGGAAUAUCUACGUCACUUUUCUGUAGGUAAACAGCCUUUGUUAAACGAGAGCUGAUUUGUUCCUAAACAUUUUUUUUUAAAUACUUUACAAAACGGCACCGCCUUGAUUUAUCGAAUUUUAUAAAACUGACAAGUUCUUAAUAAACGCAUUGCUGUUGCCUUGCGCUUUUUUAUUUUACCCAUGAUGCCCGAGACCAGGUUGUAAAUGGGGAAGCAGUAAAUUGAAGUUAUUAGUUUCGCAGACAUUGAGAUUAUAAUAGCUUUCUUUCAAUUACUGACGAUUUUGUGAAUAUCUGAUACCAAACGGGAGCAUAAGUACAAACUGGGAGUAUGGCGGAGAGUGGGGAGACCCCGGGACCUUCCUCUGAUGCCAAAAUCAUCAAAGUGACAGUGAAAACUCCCAAAGAAAAAGAGGAGUUUGACGUGCCUGAAAACAGCACCAUCAAGCAGUUCAAAGAAGACAUUUCCAAGCGCUUCAAGACACAGAUUGAUCAGCUUGUGUUGAUAUUUGCUGGUAAAAUCUUGAAAGACCAAGAUUCUCUUAGCCAGCAUGCAAUCCAUGAUGGGAUGACUGUUCAUCUGGUCAUAAAAACACAAAAGAGGUCACAGGACCAUGCUGCUCAGUCAUCCAGCAGCUCAACUACCAGUAAUGCGACUGCCUCCACAGAGUCCCACAGCACAUCUACAUCCAGCAGCCUCUUAGGUCUGGGUGGCCUUGGAGGGCUGGCAAGUCUAAGCGGCUUUGGAAUGAACUCGUCAAACUUCUCAGAGUUACAGACCCAGAUGCAGCAGCAGCUUAUGUCGAAUCCUGAAAUGAUGGCCCAGAUAAUGGAAAACCCCUUCGUACAAAGCAUGCUGUCCAAUCCGGAUCUGAUGAGGCAGUUAAUCGUGGCAAACCCCCAGAUGCAGCAAUUGAUUCAGCGAAAUCCCGAGAUUAGUCACAUGCUCAAUAAUCCAGAUAUAAUGAGACAAACAUUGGAGCUUGCCAGAAACCCAGCUAUGAUGCAAGAGAUGAUGAGAAAUCAGGACAGAGCUCUGAGCAACCUUGAAAGUAUUCCAGGAGGCUACAAUGCAUUAAGGCGGAUGUAUACUGAUAUUCAAGAGCCAAUGUUAAAUGCUGCUCAAGAACAGUUUGGUGGCAAUCCCUUUGCUUCUUUGGUGAACAAUCUAGCUGCUGGUGGCAGUCAGCCGUCACGUACAGAGAAUAGAGACCCAUUACCGAACCCCUGGGCACCUCCUGCAGCAAGCUCGCAGACCACCCCCUCCUCCACAAGCAGUAGUGCCUCCACUGCCACUGCUGCCCCCAGCCCAGCACAAGGCCCUAGCCUGCCAAACCUGGGAGGGAUGUUUAGCACACCUGGAAUGCAGAGCCUUUUGCAGCAGAUAACAGAAAACCCACAGCUAAUGCAAAACAUGUUGUCUGCCCCAUACAUGAGAAGCAUGAUGAAUUCACUCAGCCACAACCCAGAUCUAGCUGCACAGAUGAUGUUGAACAACCCUCUUUUUAGUGGAAAUCCUCAGUUACAAGAACAGAUGAGACAGCAACUACCAGUCUUCCUUCAGCAGAUGCAAAAUCCAGAAACCUUGUCAGCCAUGUCGAAUCCCAGAGCAAUGCAAGCACUAUUACAAAUUCAGCAGGGCUUGCAGACAUUGGCAGCAGAAGCACCUGGCUUUAUACCAGGUUUUGGGCAAGGUAAUGUGGGAGGUGUUGGUGGUGUUGGAGGCACAGGGAGUACCCCUUCCACGGGGUCUGAUACCAGUUCUCAAGGAAGUGGAGAGACAGGGCAGCAGCAAUUUGUACAGCAAAUGUUACAAGCACUCGCUGGUGCAAAUCCACAGAUGCAGAGCCCUGAAGUGAGAUUUCAGCAGCAACUAGAACAGCUCAGUGCAAUGGGAUUUCUUAACCGUGAAGCCAAUCUGCAAGCUCUUAUAGCAACAGGAGGCGAUGUCAACGCAGCCAUUGAGAGGCUACUGGGCUCUCAACCAUCAUAGCAUUAUUUCUGAAAGCUCCAAAUAAAAAAUAUAAUUUAUUUUUUUAUAUAAUUGUUGCUUUAUUUCACUUGACCCUUGAGACUUGGAUUUAAAGUGAAGUGCCGUAAUAUGAGCAGUGGGAAUCCAUGCUUUGCAAUCAAACUGUUGCAUGUAUCCAAAACAAAACAAAAUGAAGACUAUCCAAAACACAUUUAUUGUGUCAGUCAGGCUCUGCUUUUACAGUUGUGUCCUAUUAAUAUUUGCUUUUUUAUAGUCUUCAGUAGUAAUUUAUAUUCAGUACAAAGUAUACAAAAAAGCAAAAUUAAAAUUGUUCAGAUCUGCAAUUUGUGGUAUAUUGCUUGUUAUUUUUGCUAAGAUUGCCUUAAACUUGAAUUGCCAGAAUCAUUUGAAUGGUUUGUUAAAAUAAAUGUCUUGAACAGUGUUUCUGAAAAAAAAAUCACGAUUCAAAUGAAAACCACAGCAACAAAAAGUUGCUUUUGCAGCACAGAGCAGUUGACUUGUAAAUGUUUAAUUUCCCCAUACAGUAUAUCAACUAUCUUUGAGGUGGCACAGUAUUUUUAAAAAAUAUACAGUAAUUUAUUGUCCUUGAUUGGAAAUGGUAAAUUCUUGUGUAACCUCAAAGAGCACUGUAUGCUCAAAUAAUGUGUGUUUGUGUGUUUGACGCCUAAUGCUGCUUGCGUUCUGCCAGUAUAUCAUGAAAUGCAUUAAAAUUUGCAAUGGAAGACGUUCAAGUGUCACUUGUGAUAUUAAUCACAUUACUUUGUAAAACUGCCUUGUAAAAAGAAUAUACUGUAUAUCUAUUCAGUUUUUAUCAAGUUAAUUUCUCCAGUGCACAGAUAAUUAAACAAAAUAUGUGUUAAACAUCA